GCAUAAUUUCGAGUGUUUCUAAAGUGGACUUGCGCAGUCAACCGCUGAAACUAGACUGAUCUUAUCCGAGUUGUUGCAUUACUGAAUAGUUAGUUAUCUGACGUACUUACUUAUUUGAAAUUUUUUCCGUUAGAAGGUAUGGCCAAGAUCAGAAAAAUUUGCAAGUAUUUUGCGAUGAUAGUUGGCGUAAUAAUCCUAGUAUGCAUUAUACGAACAUUCGUUUUAGUUAAUAUUACGAAAAAGAAAUUGCCGAAGUGCGCCAAGAAUGAAACAUUGGGAUAUUUCAAAUUGAACGAUGUAAUAUGGGAAAGGUUCAAAGAUACCCUUCGGAUGAGAACUGUAACCCAUGAGAUGUCGAAAAUACAGCAAAUGCUAAAUUAUGUGAUCGAAGCUCAUCCGAAGAUAUUCAAAUCCAAACACGUGCAAUAUGAAAUAGUGAAUGGAUACAGUCUUCUGAUUCAUGUACAAGGAAGAGACAAGACCCUCCUGCCUUACCUACUUGCGUCUCAUUUGGAUGUUGUGCCUGUUGUCGAAGAUGAAUGGCAUGCCGACCCGUUCGAUGCAACGGAAAAUAAAGAUGGAACAAUCGUGUAUGCAAGAGGGGCAAUAGAUGAUAAAGGAAGCCUAAUGUCAAAAUUAGCUGCAUUAGAGUUUCUGUUAGAUCGUGGAAUUUUGCCUAAGAGGAGUUUCUAUUUGGGAUUCGGACAUGACGAAGAGGUUCUGGGUCCGGAUGGAGCUCCACAUAUAGCAAAAAGAUUGAUAGAAAAAGAUGUCAAUAAACUACAUUUUGUACUGGAUGAGGGUAUGGUGGUGAUGAAAGACGUCAUUCCUGGGUCAAAUAAGGAACUAGCAGUUAUUGGAGUUACCGAGAGAGGGUUCAUCAAUCUGAAUAUAAGUGUUGAAAUUCAUGGAGGACAUUCGUCAAUACCCCAUCGCGAAACUGCUGUAGGAGUAUUAGGAAACGCUGUUUCAAGACUUCAAUACAACCAAAUGCCGGGACGGAUUGACUCCAUUGUCGCGGAAUUUCUUGAUUCUCUGGCACCAGAACUCAGCUUUCCUCUAAAUGUCUUUGCCUGUAACUUAUGGCUGUUCAAUCCGCUUUGGUGGAGACUCUUUAGUUUAGAUAAAAUUACAAGGGAAGUAGUUCGUACAACAACAGCGGUUACAAUUAUGAGAGCAGGAGAAAAAUUUAAUGUUAUUCCAUCAACGGCCUGGGCUGUUGUCAACCAAAGGACACAUCAUAUGGAUACAGUUACACAGGUGAUGAAACACAACAAAAAUGUUAUAAAUGAUGAUAGAGUUCAAAUAAAUAUAACUCGCCGGCAACCACCCCAUCCUAUAUCCCCAUUCGAUCGAUCAACUUCUUUGCCAUAUCAAGUAAUUUCAGACACGAUUGAUCAGAUUUUCGACGAAGUUGUGAUUGUACCAGCGACACUGGUUGCAAAUACGGACACGCGGUGUUAUUUAAAUUUUACCAAAAAUAUAUAUCGAUUCAAUCCCAUAUCACUAACUAUAGAAGACAUUGCAACCAUUCAUGCUAUGGACGAAAGAAUUAGCAAGAAAAAUUUUGAAAGAAUGAUCAAUUUUUUCUAUCAUCUUAUGUGGAACGCUGACAGAAUUCAACCUCGUGAUUUAACCAGUAACAAGCAAGAGUUAUGAAUACAACUGUAUAUCGAUUUUUACGCUUCGACUUUGGAACGGAAUUUUAUUGUGCUCUAUAAAAUAUUUGCACUAAUUCAUAACCAUAUCACUGUGAUUGAAAUAUGAUCUCGAUCUACACGUGCACAGUCGAUUUAAUAAUUACACAGUACGCUUACAGAAUUUACAUUUUAAUUUUUAGCGUACGUAAUAAUAUUAGUAUAAAUAAAUACUGUGAUGCCAAUGGAAUUCUUUAAAUAUUAUUCUCGA